AUGCAGUACAGAAGACUCAUUGGAUCACUUCGAUACCUUUGUCAUACAAGGCUUGGUCUAGCAUACAGUGUAGGUAUGGUGAGCAGAUUCAUGCAGAAACCAAAGGUAUCACACCUAACAACGACGAAGAGGAUACUAAGGUACCUGAAUGGAACUCUCGACUAUGGAAUUUUGUUUCAUGCAACUGAUGAAGAAAAAGAAUGCAAGCUAGUGGAUUACACCGAUUCAAGUUGGUGUAGUGAUGCUGAGGAUAGAAAAUCCACAGUUGGCUACGUGUUAAUGCUAGGUGGUGCACCGGUUGCUUGGAGUUCAAGAAAUGAAUUGGUAGUGGCACUAUCAUCAUGUGAAACAGAAUACAUAGUUGUUUUUAUUUGUGCAUGGCAAGCAACAUGGAUGGUGAAUUUGGUCGAAGAGAUUACAGGAAAGAAUCAUGAAGCGAUUACCAUAAAGAUCGACAACAUGUCUGCUAUCAAUCUGCGAGGAAUACGAUAUCAUAUGGAUGAGGCAAGCACAUCAAAAUGA